AUUCGGGGUUCACUUUGGGAGAACCGACUCUUUUAAAGUACAAAGGCCCAACUUUGAAACUAGAACACGACUUUCUACAAAUCAAUGCCGAGUUCUCCAAUGGAAUGAUUCAAAAGGAUUUUCAUGCACAAGUAGUCCCGAAACGAGAGGUCUUGCAACGAAAUGCUCUACAGGAAACUGGUUUACCUUUCAAUGUCAUAAUCCUAGCAUUAGAUCAGACAUCACAGGCAACUUUCCAACGUCUCUUACCAGAUUCGUUCAAGUUUCUUCGUGAUGAGCUCCAGUCCUUUAUAUUUGAGGGAUUUUCUCUUGUGGGAGAGGCGACCACACCCCAAAUCACAGCGCUAUUUACUGGCAAGACUGUGGAGGAGAACUGUAAAUUGCAUGAAGCACGGAUUGGAUUUGACGGCGCCAAGACUUUAGACGGGUGGCCAUUUAUUUUCAACACCUUUAAGGAGCAUGGAUAUGCUACGAUGUUUAGCGAAGAUGCACCAUCAAUUGCAACUUUCAAUAUGAGACUCAAAGGUUUCAACAAACAACCCGCAGAUCACUACGCGCGUCCCUUUUGGUCAGCGGUACCGCACAACUCUGACAGUGGACUUCAUCCAUUCUGUAUCAAUGCACAACCGCAGCACGUUAUUCAGCUUGAAUAUCUGAAAAGCCUGUUCAGAGCUUAUCCCCAGACGCUUAAGUUUGGAUUCACCUUCGUGAGCAGUUUGUGCCAUCAUGAAUCGAUCAUGCCACUUGGAUCAGCCGCUAAAGACUUUGUUACAUUUUUCCAGGCCAUACGUGAAUCUGGAUUUUUGAAUAACACGAUUUUUGUUGUCAUGGGAGACCACGGGGCGAGAACGGGGGAGUUCCGAUCCACAAUUCAGGGGAAACUGGAGGAGCGUUUGCCACUACUAUCCAUUACACUUCCUUCUAAAUUCCGUUUAAAGUAUCCAGAACUUGUGCAGAAUCUCAAGCUCAAUACAAAAGUUAUUACUUCACCUUUAGAUCUACACGCAACCUUUAUGCACGUGUUAAAAUACCCUGCCGACCCAUCAAAUUCUGAGCUUACCCGAGGGACAAGCCUCUUUUCAGCGAUCCCUCGAAAUCGAACAUGCCAAGAUGCUUUGAUUCCCGAGUACUUUUGCCCUUGUGUCCGGUGGUUGCCCAUAAAUACGAGUCAUGCGCACGUUCGCAUAAGUGCAAUGCGCGCCGCUGACUACAUAAAUAAUUUGCUUGUGGAAGUUGGUGAUCUUUGCGAGAAACUAUCAGUGAAUGACAUAAUAAGUGCAUGGCAGGAAAUGUCCAGCAUUAAAGUACAAACUUUUAAUGGCAUUGAGAACGGGAUGGGUUUAGGAUUUGGUAAAGCAAAUUUUGAAUCUACGUCGACACCCAGUGAGUGCACCUACCAACUUAGAUUUCGAACAAAGCCGGGCAAUGGAGAAUUUGAGGUAUCGGUUAAAAUUAUUGAGGGGAAAUUUAUCGUGAACGGGCACAUCAGCCGUAUUAAUAUCUAUGGUUCCCAACCCAACUGCAUCAAGGCUUCAUAUCCGCAUCUUAGAAAAUAUUGUUACUGCAGCCACCAAGGCUGA